AUGAGCAACAAUUAAUACAAUAGCAAAAAGCUGGCACCAUUCAAAAAGACUAGAGAUGCUCUAAAAGAUGAGUUGAAAAUACUUGUUCAAGAAUACUAACAAGAAGAAUAACUUAAUGAUAUUUACUUUGAUGAAAUUGGCCGUGCAGAGAAAGAAUUUGAACAACUUAUCAAAUAGAUAGAGGUCUUUAAUCGAAAUAAUCAUUCAAUGAAAAAUGAGAAAUAGACAGACUAAAAUUAAGGGUUUGAUGAAACGAUAGAAAAAAAUGUUAUCGAUACAUUGCAUCUCUUCCUUUUAAAUACAAGCAAGAAGGAAUAUUUAGAAGCCAUCUAGGAGACAGAAAUUGCAAAGAAAUCAAAAUAAGUGGGUAAUUUAGUCAUGAAUUCUGAUCAACCAAACCCUUUGGUUAAAGAAUAAGAUGACUAAGAAAUUCAAGAAAUGAAAAACGAAAAUGGUUAUUAUGUUACUUUGAGAUAAGGAGAAGCUUAAUUUGAAGUGAGAAUUCCUUUACAUAUCAAAACAUUCAAAGAACUCAAAUCAAUAGUCAAGUCAUGUGUUAUGGCAGAAGAAAAGGAAGUCUUUUAUACGGAUUACUUAGGUAAUUUAUUAUAGCCAGAAAUGAAUGUUAUUAAUGAACUCUAUCCUCCUAUUUAUGAAUUACUCAGAAACUAUCAACCAACAAUUGGGAUUUAAAUUGUGAAAUAGAAAAAGAUUAAAGAUGACACUAAAUUCACAGAUGCUGAUUUUGGCCUUGACGGUCUUAAUGACCUUAUGACCAAACAACUUAGACAAACAAAGAGAGCUAAAAAGCAAAUCAAUUGGUCGUAAUACUUAGACUACCUAACAAGUUUUAAAUAUCUGCUGGAAUCAUUUCUCUUUUUAUCUCUAUUAAUACUAUAUGUUUUGAUAGAAGUAGAUGAAAUUAAAUUUGUAACUAAUAGUUAAUUGCUCACUACUCUUAAUUAAUAAUUUUCAAUUUAGAAGUCCUACAUUAAUCCGAUCAGCAAUAUUUCUGAACUUAUUCUUUUUACCAUUCCGGAUGAUUAUCACAUUACUCCAAUACAUCCCUUAAAAUCAGCAUUAUUAGUGUAAACUCUUGUUGGUAUUGAAAACUUUGAUAAUUGUCACAUUUUGAAUGAAAAUCAAAGAGAGAUCUUUCUUGAAAAAAACUAGUCUUGCUUAAAAUAUGAUGACAUUCUAACAGAUGAUCUUAAUAAUAAUUUCACAUAGACUUAAUUCAAUCCUUAAUAAUACAAUCCUAAUUUUGGAGGAUAUGUAUGGGAAUUCAAUCUGAGUUCAAAAGAGAGUUUUAAAGAAAGUUAUGAUAGGUUAGUCGAAGAAAGUUGGGUUUAAUAUAAUAUUAAGCAAUCAAAAUUUAUAUUAAAUUACUAUAAUAGCCCAUCAAAAAGAUUAAUCCAAGUGGUGAUAACAUCCUUGUAUCUCUUCAAUGAUAAUCUGCUGAAUUAUAAUAGUAUUAAAUCAGAAGCUUUCGACUUAAGUGAAGAACCAAGUGCAUUCAUUAUAUACAAAAAUGUUAUUUUUUAUUGCGCAAUUAUACUUUUAAUAUCAUCAUUCUUUGAUUUUUUUGGAUUGUAUUUAGCUGGAACCAAAAAUCAUUUGAUUGAACUCUAUUUAUCAUACAACGAAUUACUCAACAAGAAAAAGAAAAUGUAAGCUAAAAAGAAGGAAAUAAGUGAAUAAGAUCAUAGAAUUAUGUUAUAAAAAGAGCUCAUCCUUAGUGAAUAUUUUAUCAUAAAUCUAAAAGUGGUUUUCAUCGUUAUUAGAAUCCCUCUAAUAUUUGAUAUCAUAUACAUAAUAUGUUAAUUAGGAUUAGUAAUUAAAAGGACUAUUGAUGUGUAAUAUGGAGCUGCACUAAAUUUAAUAGAUUUGCAAUCAAGUUAAUUUCAAGAUACUACGACUUUAUUCGGACCAUUAUUAUUGGCUAGAAUUUACUCUGCUGUGUUGCUACUAUUUUUGAUGAUUUCGAUAGUCAGAUUUCUUGGUAAUUGGAGUCCAUAUUUGAAAUGCUAUGGUUUAGUCAUGAUUAGAUUUAAUAAAGAAUCAUGGUUUUUGUUACUAGUUUUAAUCUAUAUAAUUAGUAUUUGUGCAAUGUCUUGGUCUAUAACUUUACAAGGUAAAUUAAUUAAUCAUGAUAAUUUCUUUUUCACCUUCAUAGGAUUGUUAAGAUGUACAUUAAAAUAUGGAUUGCAUAACGAUAUUGAUCAACAAGGCUUUUUUAAUAAUUAUGUAAAAGAAAUAAGCUACUCAUUUGAUACAAGAUAUUUACAAUACAUAAUUAUAAUUUGUAUUUCAUUGAUAAUGGUUCCAAUUUUUAUUUCGUUAAUGACAUAAUAAGUUCAUAAUACUAAAAUAGAAGCGAAAUAAAAAAUGCUAGAAAUGAAAAAAUAGGUAGAAGAAUGA